AUGAGCCCCUUACCACCCGAUCCGUACAAGAUCCUUGGAGUCUCCAAAGAUGCGCAGACUUCGGAGAUUCGAUCCGCACAUCGAAAACUAGUCCUUAAAUGCCAUCCAGACAAGGUUCAGGACCCCGCCCUGAAGGCCGAAAAGCAGGACGAGUUUCAAAAAGUACAACAAGCAUACGAAUUGCUCACUAACGAUCGUGAGCGGCAAAAAUACGACGACAAAGUCAAGCUCGAAGAACUGCGUCAACAGUUUCAGACCAAGGCCAACAUUUCGACUCCUCGAUCGACGAGAUAUUCCGGCCCAGAUGAGGCCCGUGGUGCCGAAUCAAGGGCUUCACCGUUCAAGGCCAGUGUGAGCCCAUCAGGUGUCAAAUACUCAUAUUCUGGUCUCUCUGAUGAAGACUUGGGUCGUGGCCCUCGCAUUUUUGAGGCUACUCCUCGGUCAUCCCGUCGUGAAGCCGGCUAUGAGAAGGCGUCAGAACGACGAUCAGAUAGGGAGCGUGAAAGGGAGAAGGAGCAAAGAGAGCGAGAGCGUCGACGACAGCAGGAAGAUGCCCUUAAACGAGCUGAGAAGGAGGCUAAAGAAGCUCGACGGGCUGAGAAACGAGCGCGAGAGAAGCAAAAUGCCAAGGACAUGAGACGACAGACUGAGGAGAAGAAGCGACACGCAAAACCCUACAUUGAACCAUUCGACGAAGAACCGACAUUUGUCAGGUCCGACAAGAAGAAGUCUAGCGGUAGCAGGAAUUAUGACGAGAAGCGAGAUCGUUCAUCAGGCAGAGACGACAUCCAGAGAGACGUCCACCCCCCGAGACCUCAGCGAUCUUGGACCGCCAAGGAAGAAUAUGCGACUUCAUAUAUUAAAGCGUCCAAGGCUAAGAGCACACCGGGCCUGAAACGGUCAGCUACUACCCAUUACAUCCGAUCAGUCCAGCCACCGGCGCCGACACCUCCCCCUAUCCACGGCCAAUCUGGGCCUUUUGCUCCUCCCGAUGACGACGAUGUGCGCCGGUCAUCAGCAAGGCCGCGCCGGGGAUCUGGGGGUGACCCCAGGCUCUCCAGAGAACGAUCGUAUCGUGCCUCGUCGCGAGAUGCCAUGGACGAGCCUCCCAUCAUCAGCGUUUCCCCAUCCACUCGCCAUCCCGCUGCAUUCUUCACGCCUAGCUCGCCACCGAGGGGUGAUCAUCUCCCUCGAACAAAGACGAUGCCACACGAACCAGUGUCGUACUCUCGAUCACCUCCGGAGCUUCAAAGAUCUCAGACAUUCCACAUGUUUGAAACCGCCGAUCACCCACGUGGUCGCGAUCGAUCACGCAUGCAAUCCCAAGUCGACGACGGUGAGGACCGCUACGAGAGGCGCCGAGAUAAAAAACAUCGAAGCAGAAGACGACAUCACUCCCCAGACCCAAUGAGAACAGAGAAUGUGUCUCGAUACCGAGUCGAGCGCAGCACACUUGAUGGCGCGUACACUCGUCGGGUCGACCCCGACAUUAUAGAGUCGUACACCGGCUAUUAUCACCCUCAGGACAGCCGACCUUCAAUGCCGGGUCGUGAAACCAGUUACAGCAACUCAGGUGGCGCCAACUUCCCAAAGGUCAAGACAGCCAAGGCCUACGGGUAUGAAGACGUUUCAUACAGUACCUACGGAAGGCCUACCCGCGAGUUUGUAUAUACUACAUGA